AUGAAGGCGGAGAAUUUCCACAGCUACCACGAAGUUGACGCGUUUAACCGUAUUCGAUAUGUGAUGUGGAUCCACCCUGAAACGACCAAGUUGGCCCAAGCUUUUCCUUCCACUUCCAAGCUACUACACCGUUGGCAUAUCAAUCGCAACGUCCUUGUCCAAGCUAAAAAGAAAAUGAGCAAAGCGAACGGAUAG